GACCAAACAAAAUCAAAAUUUUAUAAAACAGGAAAGGAAAGUACUACUUAUUCAGCUAUUUUCUGUUUCGUAGAAUGAGUCUGUAUUCUGAACAAGCUUUCACAAAACAACAAUUUAAAUUUAAAGAGUGUGAUGCUAUACAGUUGAUUGGGAAAGGAACCCCUUCUUCUAUAAAAAUACGAGUGUUAUAUAUUUUGCUUAGUUUACACGCUGCUACGAUAGGACUUGAUCGUAAAUUUCAUUAAAGUAAAAGGUUAGUUUGGUAAUCACACCUCACACUUCACUGUCAGAGCAGUGUCCGCCAUCUCCACUUUCCACUUUCCGCACCGUAAAAUUACCCAAACGCGACUUCUCAACUAAGCCGCCACCUUUUUCCCGGAAAACGAGAGAAAAUCUUGUUAAGGAAGAAGGAAAGUUAGAUCAAAGAGAGAGAGAGAAGAGGAAGAAGAAGAAGGAGGAGGAGGUUUCGGUUGGUUAUGGCGAACCCUGAAGCUGAGCGACGCCGACUCAGGGCGGCACCGCCAGCGAGGGCGAGGGUUCCGUUGCGGAAGUUGCUUCGGGUGGCAUCGGUGGCCUGUGGAAUUCAAUUCGGCUGGGCUUUGCAGCUUUCUCUUCUGACUCCUUACGUACAAGAAUUGGGAAUUCCCCACGCCUGGGCUAGCGUCAUAUGGCUUUGUGGACCGUUAUCGGGAUUGCUGGUGCAGCCAUUAGUGGGUCACAUGAGCGAUCGUAGUUCAAGCCGUUUCGGUCGUCGGAGGCCCUUCAUAUUGGCUGGAGCGGUAUCGAUCAUCGUUGCUGUUCUGAUAAUCGGUCAUUCCGCUGAUAUCGGGUGGUUGUUAGGCGAUCGUGGCGAAGUUAGGCCCAGAGCUGUGGUGACUUUCGUGUUUGGGUUUUGGAUUCUUGACGUUGCUAAUAACAUGACUCAAGGUCCUUGUAGAGCUUUGCUCGCUGAUCUUACUGGUAAGGAUCAUCGAAGGACUCGAGUAGCUAAUGCAUAUUUCUCUCUGUUCAUGGCUGUUGGUAACAUUCUUGGUUUCGCUACUGGUUCGUAUAGCGGUUGGUUCAAGAUUUUUCCUUUUACACUUACCUCUGCUUGCACUGUAAAUUGUGCAAAUCUCAAAUCAGCUUUCUUUCUCGACAUUGUUUGCAUUACAAUUACUACAAUUCUCAGUAUAACUGCAGUUCAGGAAAUACCACUUGGUACUUCAGGUGACACAACCGUGCUCCUUGCAGAAGAAAGGCCUACCGUAUCAUCAAAUCCUACUGAGGAAGCUUUUCUUUGGGAGCUUUUUGGUACGUUUAGAUAUUUCUCUGGGCCUGUAUGGAUAAUCCUUACUGUUACAGCUCUUACCUGGAUUGGUUGGUUUCCAUUUCUGCUAUUCGAUACUGAUUGGAUGGGUAGAGAGAUUUAUGGGGGUGAGCCAAACAAGGGGCAGAACUACAGUACUGGGGUUAGAAUGGGUGCCCUUGGUCUAAUGUUGAACUCAGUUGUAUUGGGAAUAACAUCAGUGCUUUUGGAGAAACUUUGUAGGAAAUGGGGUUCUGGUUUCAUUUGGGGAAUUUCAAACAUUGUUAUGGCUCUUUGUUUCAUAGCAAUUCUUGUUGUUACUUAUGUUGCCAAAGAGAUUGGGUUUAUGGAUCGUCAUGAUUUACCUCCCAUUGGGAUUGUAAUAGCUGCAGUGACAAUUUUUACAGUUCUUGGAUUCCCAUUAGCUAUCACAUAUAGUGUUCCAUAUGCCUUGGUAUCAGCACGUAUUGAAGCUUUGGGACUUGGCCAAGGGUUGUCAAUGGGAGUCUUGAAUCUGGCAAUAGUGAUCCCACAAGUUGUGGUGUCCAUUGGGAGUGGACCAUGGGAUCAGCUAUUUGGAGGUGGAAACUCUCCAGCCUUUGCUGUAGCAGCACUUGCAGCAUUUGCUAGUGGGGUAGUGGCCAUCUUGGCUAUUCCUCGAUCUGGUGCUCAGAAGCCUAUGACAUGAGAAUUUCUUCCAAGAACAUCACUUCCACCAGCUUGAAAACAUUGCUUUUUGAGCCAUUGCCUUAGGAAGGCAAUCGAGGGCGGAGUGCCUCAUCCAUAGAUUCCAAAAUUACUCCACCACUGCUUCCCCUAUACCAACCAAGAUAAGUUGCUGAGUUAGAAAUUAUUCUGUCAUUGAAAUAUUAUCUUUCCUUUUAAGGCAAAUUAGAUUGUGCCUAGGUGUUUUCAUCAUGUAUGGGAAUCUCAUGCAUUUGUGCAUGAAUUUAUUUUGUGAAUGUAGUGAAAUGUGCUUGGUGGUCAGCGGUACUGAAUGUGUGGAUUGUAAUGAAUGAAACCUUGACAGAGACAUGUCCUUUGUGCUUUGAUAUUUUCUUUUAACUUUUUGUAUUUAUUAUGAAUGGUUUUCUUAGAAUAAAAGAAAUAAAUAAAUACAAUGGCUCCAAAA